AACUGCAGCUCCUAUUAAAGGCCUGGGGUAACGUGGGGGUUUUGCAUUUGGUUGGUAGAUCUUCCUCUCCUCUUAGAAAUGUCUAAGCAAGUCGUCAUCGUAGGUGCAGGUUUAAGUGGGACGACAGCAGCCUCUUACCUGACCCAAGCUGGUGUCCCUGUCAAGUUAUUCGAGGCACUGGAUCGUGUAGGUGGAAGAACCUACACCGUUCCACCCCCCGAAAACUGCUCGGGUCCUGUGGAUCACGGUGCUGGAUAUGUUGGUAGCACUCAAACUGCAGUGAAGGCUCUUCUACAGGAGCUGAAUGUUGAGACUCAUGAAGUCCCUGGGGACGGUUUCUUGUACACCCUCAGCUGGGGUGGAAAUGUCUAUUACAUGAAAAACGUUCUCCCUGAUCUUUUCAAGUAUUUGGCCUGGUACGAGAGCGUUGCAAUCUGCCUUGCUAUUAUUGAUAUGUACUGGAAGGGAAUGAGCAUCAAUACUGAAGAACCGUGGAAUUCACGAAACGCCGAUGAAUGGGACAACAUGACUGUACAGAACUGGAUUGAUACUAAAUUCCCUGGAAGCAAGUUUAGCAAUGCUAGGACCAUUUUCCAGUUUGUUUGUCGUAUCCCUCUCGGGGUAGAAGCCUCCGAAACCUCAUUUCUAUAUUUCCUUUGGUAUUUCAAAUGUGGUUCGGGUUUUUAUGAUUUGCUCUUUCCUGCACAGGACAGGAUCGUGGUUGGAGGAACACAGCAGUUAAGUGAGAAAAUAAAUGCAACACUACCAAAAGAGUCUCAAGCCCAACUCAAAACACCAGUGCUUGCAAUGGAUAACAAUGAUUCUUCAAAAGUUGUCAUUACUCCAGCAGGUAGUAGUCAAAUUGAGGCUGAGCGUUGCAUUCUAGCUAUGACCCCUCAUACUCGUGAUUACAUUGCCUUUAGGCCACUCCUCUCUCCAAUGUAUCACAAGCUACCACAGCGUACUCCCAUGGGUACUACUAUUAAAAUACAUCUUUUCUACAAUGAAAAAUUCUGGCGUGUCGGGAAAAAAUUGAAUGGAAAUGCAACCAUUUUUGAUGGUGAUAGUAUCAGUCAAACGUAUGACUGUACAGCCCCAGGAGAAACCCCUUGCCUUCAGGCAUUUUAUGUUGGUGAAGUUGGACGUCGUAUGGCUAUGAUGGACCCUGCUGCUAGGGAGAAAGAUGCUAAAGCAACGAUUGGUAAAAUUUUUGGGAAUCCAGAGAAAGCCAAUGCCAACAUUGGAUACAGUGAAUUUAUCUGGGAAAAUCAUCCUUGGAUUGGUGGGGCCCCUACUGGUACCUGUGCUCCUGGUACUCUUACAUGUUAUGGGAAUGCAGUUCGUACUCCAACUGGAAGGAUCCACUUUGCAUCCACAGAAACAGCACAAGAUUGGACUGGGUACAUGGAUGGUGCUAUAAGGGCUGGGCACAGAGCUGCCUCUGAGGUUCUUAAGGAACUCGGAAAACCAGAGCCAAAGCCUCUCCCACCUGUACCUAAUGUUAUUAAUGAUGACUUGAAGAUGUUGAAUGACAUGGUUAAUGCCACCAAUGAAAAAGUUAAUGAUUCUGCAAGGGAAACAAAGAACAACCAAGUACGUGUUUGUAGCUACUCACCUGGCCUUCGUAUUACUACAAUAAAUUCACCUGGUUCAAAUCCUACGAUACGUAUCUCUUCAUCUUUUCAGAGACCCUCUGAUAUGGAACAGGCUCAGCAAUUUUUAACUCAGCGGUUUGGGAACUUAAGUGUUGGGUUAGAAAAAUUUUUUUCUGCUAAUAAAAGAAAAGACAAAGGCCUCAUAGCUGGUUUAAAUAAGCUUCAGGAAUCUAUUGCUGCUAUUGGCUUACAAUGACCUGUAUCCAUAGAAUAAUUUAUUGACUUGUCAAAAACUAAUUUUUGUAUAAAUCAUUAGUUGUUGUUUUGAGGUUAUUAAAAUAAUG